UGCCGAGAUCCGAUGCCGAACGCACGCGUUGUUUGUUUUUCCAGCGAUCUCACAAUAGAUGUUGGAUGGUUGUCUCCUUAGUUCACGAGUCAUUAUGGAGAUGCUACGGCUACAGACUAGCCCUUCCGGGCUGAUUUUACCCAGAUAGAUGCUCUACAAGCUCCAAGAAAAUCGAUAGCAGCGCCACGUGGACAACCAAACAGUGCGGCAACCGCCGAACAAUCUGAUCGUGACGCCAGCAUGGGGUCACCGCCGUUGGAGUCAUCGGUGACUGCUGUGCGCUGAGGCCUGUGGACAUCUGUAUCAUGACGAACUGCGAUCUGUCGUUUCAAACAGCGCGAUGCAAUGCCGGCGUGCACUGUCGGCGUUGACAACACGAUAUGAAAGGCGGACCGUGAGAUAUGAUCCCCAGGAAUGGAUCUGGGAUCCGGGGUGGCCACGGCCCCCAUCUCCGGUGACCAGCGUUCGCGGCAGUGAUUCGCGGAAAGAGCCCGUGUUUCGUGAGGGCUACGUUACACUCCUCCUGGGAAAGAUUCGGGACGAGGUGGCACGAGAGGGGACAAAUACGUCACGUCACAGCUGUGAUGUCGUCGAUGUCGUCGUUGAUGUCCAUUCACAACCAGCCACCGGAAAAUGCAUCGGGCGCAGGCGGUCAAGGGGGUGGAAUCGACUCGAUAUCACUUGGACAGCUCAAGCAGAUAGUUGCCACCAUGCCCAAAGAGCGGCAAUGGUGGUAUGACUACAAGUACGACGACGAAGACACAGUCAUGAAUGAGAUCGACGAGUUCUAUUCUUACGUUGAGAUGCCGCAGGUCGCAGAAAAUCUGAGGGCAUGGGAGGGUUCAUUCUCGGGAGAAUGGACCAAGAGCCCGCUCGGAACGCGUCGUUCACAUGUCGACGUCCUUCUCGAGAGUUUGGAACAUAAGAAUGCUGAAAUCCGGUUCACGAACGCACGAAGAUUGUUUUACAUCUUGCAAGGGACUUUUGCGGAAACCGUCUCUCCGGAACAUCAGCUGCACUGGAUAUUCGAGAACUGCAAGAUCGUUCGAAACGCCAACGGUCUGAGCAGCAUCAUUGAAGCGCUCAAGAUCGCCACCUCGAAGCACGACUUGCUAUGCGGCCUUUCCGAUGCUGACGCCGAGCACAUUCACAUCUCGGCUGCCGAAAAGGCGGACUUUAUCGAGGAAGCUCAAACCGAGAUCUCCGUAUACCUCGGCAUGCUGUAUCAUCUCGUUGAGAUAUUCAAGGGCCAUGAUGAUUUUGCGGAUGAAUUGAUGAGCUUUGACCCGCCAUUGCCUGUAUACCUGUUCAGUGUCGUUGCCGGCUUGCGUGACAAAAGUGCCAAGGGAUACCCUGUAAAAAAGCUACUUUUGGUGCUUUGGAAGACGUUGCUUUCGUGUUGUGGGGGAGUCCGCGACCAUGCACGUGUGAAGAAAUUGGCACGAGAAUUGGGUGGCUUACCGGCAGUCUCUGAUGCAGAUGAUGCGCCGAUCAAGACAACACCAUUGGAUAUGGAGACUUUCCACCAAGAGACGACCGUCAAAUAUCCAACUUUCACACAGCACUCGGAGCACAUCGCAUUCACGGUGAAACCCGCCGAAAUCGCAGCGCCCAAACCUAUCACAAUCACGACUUCCCGGUUAGCACAGGCUUAUUCCCCGAUUACUGUGCGCCACCACUAUCAUCAUGAAGAACCCGAAGCCGGCCAAACUUCCGCGCAAUUCCAUCCGUAUCAUGCUACAGGCGCCCCUGGACGUAUUCCGCAGCCGGCGACACCAGCACCGUCUCCGCCUCCGAUACCCCAGAAUCAGCCUAAACCCAAGAAGCAACAAUACCAGACAGAUCAGUCGCGGCCGUUUUUAUUUCCGUUUGGGAUGAGCGGACCAACAAGACUCGACAAAGAUGCGAGGCUAGUGCCGUUUGCGGUCGAUGAGGCCGAUCGGCUCUAUCAUAAGCAUAUGUACGUCAGCCUGGCCUUAUGGCAGAUGUAUCGGACCCGACAGGAGUGCAUGACUGCAGAGAGUGGCCUGGAGAAGAUGCCUGGCUCAGAAGGUGAGGCCGAAGACAGCAUCGUGUUUAAGGAAAGGGAUGCUGCCGAACCGUUCCCCGAUGUUGCGCUUCUCGACGCCAAAUUGGCAGAGAUUCCCGACGACCCCAAUGCCAGCUCAUCAGAGAGGCGCAGAGCGAAAGAGCGAAAAGAGGACUUGAUGCGGCUGAAACGCAACACGGGCUUGCCCAUCAUUCCUAAUAUGGUGCUGGUUCUCCUCAAGUUUUUGUUGGCUACAGUGACUGCAACGUCAAACAUGCAACCGCCGCCAGCCCAGGGACCGCCCUCUGCCUCCAGCGUCUUCCCGCCUGGCCCCGGGUUCGGAAUGUCACCUGACCAGCCAUUACCGCCCUCGCUAUCCUCCGAUGAUAUUGACGUCAUGCGCCAUCGCGAGGUCACUUCCAAAGCAAUUUCUGCCAUUCUCUUGCUGCUUCUCAAGUGGUUCAAGGUCUCACAUAUCAUGAAGUUCCAUUAUUUGGGCCAGCUUUUGUUGGAUUCGAACUGUCUGCUGCUCAUUCUGAAGUUGUUCUCCGUGCAAGACGUUUCUCAAACCGUGAUAUCCAGAGCAGAUUGUCCAGACAACAAUUUCUUUCGAUACUGCAUGCUCAAUUUCUCGAAGAAUCCUCAGCCCGCAGAUAGCCAACAACGACCAACAAGGUACACUACGAAGAAGAGUCGCAUGCUGCCCAACGGCGAAAAGCACGAAGAGGAUAUCGACAUGGUCACCGACUUCUCAUGGCGCAACUUCUUCUCUUUGAUCAACUUUGCGAAAAUCGUUCAAAAGUUGUCUAAGAGUCGCGGACAUCGUAUCUGGCUGUUGAUCCAAUACAAGAGCUCUCCAGUGCUUAAGCGCGCACUCAAGAUCCAGCAUCCCAUGCUACAGCUGCAUAUCUUGAAGAUCAUCAAGAGUCAGGUCCCCUUUUGUGGUCGAAAGUGGCGGCAAAGCAAGUCCAACAUGAAGAUCAUCACAUCCAUAUAUCUGAAUUGCCGGCCAGAUCUACGCGACGAAUGGCUCUCAGGCACUGAAGUUGAAGAUGCAACUGACGCGCAAGCGCAAGAGCAUGCUCUCAGGCAUCUGGUCAAGUUCUACAAUAAUAAACGAUACGGUCCGGUGGCCACCCAACACGGCCCGCAGCACCGAAGAUCGGGUAGCAUGUCGCACCAUCUCGAGGGACUGCACCCGGGGCCGGAACUAGGGCUCGAACGACAAGAUGGAACCAACAACAUCAUCAAUCCUGAUGUUUUCCCUCCGGUUCGAUCCCAGGCCGCGGACCCACGCAAUUUCCUUCCGUAUAUUACAGAAGAUAUCGCAUUUGAAGAGGAGUACGAAGACUACUUGUCCGAUCUUGGCUGGUCGGAUUCCGACCAUGAGGGCCAGCAGUUGUUUGGUGGAACAUCGGCAUGGCACAGACUUCCGUCGUAUGCGCAGGAAAUGGCCGAUGGCAUCAGCGACAGCGAGAGCAUUGUGUCCAUUGGGGAGCUCGGCGACGAUGCGCGACUGGAUCCAAGUCGUGAUGAUCCCGAAGUCGUCGACGAGAAUCUGAACAACUGGGAGCACAUGAGUCCAAAAACUAUGGCCGCUCUCCCCAAGUCUCCUGCCGGCAGGCGACGGUCGAGUCAAGGCACCGGGCUGCGACCUGUUCUGCCAUUCGGAUUGGAUGAUGGAAUUACUCAUGGCGACGAAAAUGAUUCCGAAGAUGACGACAUUGACAUUGAUGUCGACGAACUUGGCCCCAGCCCCAGGGAACAAACAAGUUUCUCGAACGGAGCUGGUGUGGAUGAAGUAGAGUAUGCGUACGGUGUUUGAGUUCGCCUGCUGUACUUAGAUAGACUACGAGAGCAUCGUCGUUGACGCGGUUAUUUAGUUCAAUGUAUUGCCUCACAAAGCCGGAGUGAACAUCCAAAAUGAGAAAUCGUGGGCUGCACCGCCCGACGAAAGCCGGUCUAGAUAUUGUGAUUGGCAAGAAUGACAAAGACAGUCAAGGACGGCGAAAACGAUCAUUCUCGGCGGCGAGAUAACGAAAGCAAACGAAGGAAUAGAGACUCAUUGAGCGAGCUCCAGCAGUGUUUUGUUUGCGGGUUUGUUGGGAUGAGUUGUUGUUUUUGAGUGUCUUCAGCGAUUUGGCUUGGUGUUGGGGGGAGUUGACCUGAUGGCCUGCGACAUCCAACACAAGCAAAGCAAAGCAUUCGCAUUCAUCGCGCGCCCUCUAGCAUGUUUCGUGAACGACUAUAUCGACGAGGACGAUGGGCGGCCGGUUGGGGCGGGUCCGUGCGAGAUCAGCUGUCAGGUGACACGAAGCCCGGUUGACCACCUUCCUUCUGCCCCUUCACCACCUUCGUAUCGAGUUCGCCCAAAUCAUCUCCCCAAUGUCUCAACCACCGCAAGGAAUGGCACCUAUGCUCGCCGAGGGCCAGGAAAUGGCGAAUUACUACCCGGAUAAUGAUCUCACGGGUGGCCUCCCCAUCAACCUCGACUCGCUGCGCGAUGGCCCACCAGGAAGCAAACCUUUCUAUCCGUACUCUACUCUUAUUCGCUAUGCCAUCAAAGGUUCUCCGAACCAGAAACUCCUUCUCGAGGAUAUUUACUAUGCCAUCGAGUCUCGUUUCCCCUAUUUCCGCACUGCUCCCAACGGAUGGAAGAAUUCCGUCCGGCACAAUCUUUCACUGAACCCCUGCUUUGAGAAAGUCCCUCGUCCGUUGACUGACCGCGGCAAAGGCUCCUAUUGGACCGUGAACGACAAUGUGGAUCCGCGGACUGGUGUUCAUCGUGUACGCAAGAAGAAGACGAAGGGUUCGAAGCGAGGCGUUGGCGAGGAUGAGGAUGGGGAGUUUAGACCAGCCGAGGGCUCUUUUGAUGAGGCUCAGUUUGCCGAGCCACAAGUCGACGAGAAUGGCAACCCUCGCCCAGCACCUUAUCCUCCCUUCCCUCCCCACUUCAACCCCAACUUUCCCAUGAUGGACAUGCGUUUCCCGAUGCCGAUGCCAAUCGACGAUACCUUUGAACUGGAUGAGACCGGACAAGUCAACUGGCGGCUUGCCUGGUUGAAGGAGAUAGGACAUCUGCAGUCGCUUACCGCUGAGCACGAGAAAGCUAAUGUGGAUCCGGAGUGGUAUCGACUGAUGCUGUACCGAGUCCGGUCUGCGUUCCUCGCGCCGCUCCCGGAAACUAUUAUUGGGGUUCCUAUUUCUGCUCCGCCUGCGGUUGUUGCAGAGCAGCAGCCUCCUCCGCAGGCUUGAUGGACAGAACUUUAAUAUACCGAGUGUCUUAUUUGUAUCAUCGAAUACCGUCUGAAAAGUUGCACGGUCAAUUGUCCGCGCUACUACUUGUUACUAAUGCGGACCCUCCUGUUUAGCAAGAGUAACCAUGCCAAGGCUACCGAAGUCGAUGACAGAGAUUACAAAUCAAUGCUGACUCCACUUGAAAUUCUUGCUUCUCACGAGUCAGCAUGUCCCCCGCUCUGGAUCUUACUUCGCCCAGUCUUUUCACUUCGUCGUCGACUCCCCUCGUCAAAGGAAUGGCCCUCGCAAUUGGCUCUCCAUCUACUGCCCAGGAUGGGCAAUAUCAAACUCUCAUUGCUGACCUGGAGAGUUCGCGAAAGGUGGACAAGCAGAUGCUGGACAGACUAGUCGAUCAAGCUACAUUCCUGGACGCUUCCUCCUACGCAGGCGUGCACAUUACACUCACAGCGCGCGAAUACGAGGACCUGAGCUCGGUUCCCGCGCAAACCCAAAAGCUUUUGAAGCAACUGCAGGAGUCGAUGCAGCCGUCGGCAACCCUCCAUGUCUACGGCCUGUCACAGAGCUCUGGGCUGAGGGCCGAGAUCGAAAAGGCGGGUUUUACGUCGCUUUCGGACGCAGCCGAUACCACGGCAUUCAUUGCGCAGAAGCCCGCGGCGGCCGCCACCGCUGCUGUGCCGCUCCUGCGGAAGAGGAAGACGGACCCCGCGACGAAGAAGGCGCUGUGGACGCUGAACGCCCCGGCGACGCCGCCUAUUGACGCCGAGGCGCUGCUGACUGAUGCAGACCGGGCCCGUCCCGUGCCGACGUGCGACCCCGCCGUCGCGGGUGCACCGCGGCGGAAGCGCGCGUGCAAGAACUGCUCCUGCGGGCUGCGGGAGCUGGAGGAGGAGGAGGCGAGGACGGGCAAGGUGGUGAUGAUCGACGGGACGAUCGAUGGAGAGGCCUCGGCCGUUUCGCAGGAGGAGCGGGAGCGGCUGAUUAGUGCUGCGAAAGCGGCGCCGAAGGCUACUAGCAGUUGCGGGAACUGCUUCCUCGGCGACGCUUUCAGGUGCGCGAGCUGCCCUUACCUUGGGCUUCCGGCUUUCAAGCCCGGCCAAAAGGUCGAGAUUGACUUUGGUAUGGACGAUAUCUGAGUAGUAUCAUAGAGUAGCAUGUAUAUCAAUAAUUCGAGCUGUAUUAUCUUGCGCACAAAUAAAAAAUCGACCAAUAUAGCUCAGACGUUGGCAGUGCCC